AUGCGUGUGUCUGUAUGUCUCAAUGCUGAAUGUCUAUUAAUCAUUAACCAUACAUAUGAUUUGGAUGGUAUUUCAGGAAAUGUGACCCUUGCCCAUUUUAUUCAUCCAAAAGUUUGGCAUAUAGUGUAUGGUGAUGAGUAUACAUGCAAAGAUGAUGGUUUGCCAAUUGUACAACCAGUAAAAGUCAGUUAUCAGUUGAAAUUACUGAAUCCAGACACACUAGGAAAUCCAACUGAUCAUUUCAGUGAUGAAGAGUCAGGACUAUUAGAAUUUUAUCAAAUAUUUGUUAUUUUAUAUUUUGUAUUGUUAUGUAUCUUUGCUUCUGAAAUAUACCUUACCAUAUCUAAAAGAGGACCCAUGUAUCUGGUUUUGAAAAUGUUAUCAACUGCCAUGGCGCUGGAAGUGGUUGAAAUAAUUUGUAUGUUUUUACAUUUAUAUGGAUAUUCUAAAGAUGGCGUAGGAUCUCCAACAUUACAGACUUUAUCACAGUUAUUUGUUAUAGGUACCUAUUUUCAGAUGUUGUAUUUAUUGUUAAGUUUAUCUUUUGGCUGGACUCUUGGAAGUGGUAAAGUACAUAUAUUUUAUGAUGAUGUGUGGAAGUCCAGACCAGUAGUGCCUAUUUCCAUUGUACUAUCUUUAUAUCAGGGUAUAUUACUAUUAUGGGAGCUAUUUCAAGUCAGUGAACACAAGGUAUACAAUGCAUAUGAAAACACAGCAGGUGUCCUGCAUAUUAUCAUUGGACUACUCUUAGCUGCUAUAUUUGCUGGAAAUAUUUAUAACACUGUAUCCAUUGAAAGAAGUGCCCUUCGUAGAGAAUUCUAUAAAAACUUUGCCAAGAUUUGCCUUAUUUGGUUUUUAUCAUAUCCAGUCAUGGUUGUCACUUCAUUUGUUUUUACACACUAUCUACGAUACAAGGUGAUAACGGUUGGAGUAAAGACAGGACAAACUUGUGCCAUGAUUUUGUUAUAUAAACUUUUUUUAUCCAGAAGUUUAUACUGGGAGGUGUCUGCAUUGUCAGCGUCAACAUUGCCAAGAAUGAAUAAAACUGUUGGAAUUAAGCUUUAUAAUUAA